CUCCUAGUAGAAGGCUGUUUGCUUUAAACGUUUUACCCAUCUUAUAGUUAUGUGCUAAUUAUUAAUUAUAAUGUAGCUGAUAGUGACGAAUGUUAUUUGUUGCUAAUGCAGCUACUGCUAGAUAUACGUGGCUGUCUUAACCGCAAUGUUGUUUGGAAAGAGAUGAGAUAAUGUUUCGUGUGACUGCUAAUUUUUGCCGUAGUUAACCGAGUGGUGCGUGUUUGUAUAGCUUUCGUGUAUUCCUUAUCCGGGUUAUGCCUACCAUUCAUCAUCAGGUGAUGUCCUUGCACAUUGGUGCAGGAAAAAUGCCAUAGUGUGUGUGUUCCAUACGUGCACCUCUGUCUUGCACAUGCAUUUCGCACUUCGGACUUGGAAGCAUUUCUAGCAUCACAUACAAUCGGUCUUGGCAGGCUGUCUAGUGUCUGUUGCACAAACCCACGUGUUGGCAGCGAAACUCUAUGCGUUCUUGCCUACCUCAGCUUUCUGACGAUAAUUAAAGCUUUUCUUCAGUGUCAGACCAAUAUAAUGCAUCCAGCUUUGCACGUGGCAAAGAGAGUGACAAUGAAGUCGCUGAAACCAGUGAAGAUAUUGUUGCUCAAUCCUUCUUGGCCAAAAACAUGUCAGGGUCUUAAAAAACACUUGUUAAUCAUCGACAACUAAACACGACAUCCAAACACCAGCAGCUUGUCGAACUGGCCAAAUCUGUUGAUAAUCUCGGGGUAAUUAAACUUGUUGAGGACCACUUUCUUUUGUCAGAAAGUUUUGUGUAUCAUUUUUAGUGGUUUAACCCGUAUAUUUGCGAAUCAUACAGAGAUGGCCGUAGCGAAAUUCAAAGGAUGUACUAUCGAUCUAGAAGAUGGAAUGUACAAGAAGAUGCUGGUUUGAGUCCGUUACUGUAGUUGUGGCCCUAUGCUCCACUGGGGGUGAAUGGGAACAAGAAGAAGAGUCCGUCACUGAGGAUAAAGCAAGCAGAAGACGGCUGUGCAUUCUCCAGCUGCCUCAAAUGGCGGAGCGCCAGAAAGGAGGAAUGUGUGUACAUGAAUAGUUUGUACAAAUAGUGCACAUCUGCCAUUUUUUGUGCCUUCAUCUCGUCACGGCGUUGUAGCACAUCGCCAUCACUCCUACAAGGCUCAAUUCUAAUUUUCUCGCUCAGCGUGGGCUGCCUGCAUUGCCUGUUGCUGUGCCCGCGUCCUCCCGUCCAGUCGGAGCUGAACGUACCGGACGCCUCAGUCGACAGCGGGAGCUGGACACGACAGCCGGCAGAGAACGUGCGGCAGCCAGCCGCCACCAUGGAGCUAGCCACACAAGAGACCGGUCAGCGUGACGACUCCAUGCUCAUCUGGGAUCUGACUGCUUCAUCCGAAGAUGUUAAUGAGAAUGCGAGGGAAGACGAUAAAAAAUACUACACCAAUGUUGACUCCACAGAUGCCAGUGGUAAAAAAGCCAGCGGUACACGCAGCACCGGUGGUGCCGUGGAAUAUCAGCAUGAAGGGCUAAAGGAGCAGCUGGCCAUGGUAGAGGCCAUGGUACAUGAGAUGAAGGUGGGCUUCAUGGCAGCACUGGAACAGCUGUCCUGUAUGCAAGAUGGAGCAACCUGUGGGACAGGAGCCACUACCUCAUGGGAAGAACUAAACACGACAUCCAAACAACAUCAACUUGUAGAACUGGCCAAAUCUGUUGAUAAUCUCAGGGAUGAUGUGACAACCUUAACAGGUAAUGUAGCUCAGAUGACAAUUAUCCAUCACAAUCUACAGAGACAAAUAAACUCUAUACAAGUUUGGCAACAGACACUGAUUGAAGAGCUGGUCAGCAAUGGUGUUUUGGCUGAACAUGCAAGGACAACGCUGUCAGCUGUGCUAGACCCAGAAAAACAGUUUGGACCGAAGUCAAAUACAGUGGUACAAUUGCCUUUUGACACUUCCAGCAUCAAGAACACAGAGACAUCACAGCAUACUGACUUGCAAGAUCUUGCUUGGUGCCAAGGUGAUCAUUCAAGAGUGACAGCAGCAGCCUGCAAGAGUCUGAGUCUUACUCAGGCAUUGGCAGCCCACUGUCAAGAAAUUGAUGCAAAUGAUUCCAGUGAGGAAGAUAUUGACAUUACUGUACCAAGGCAUAAUCAGUCAAGGCAGGAUGACAAAAAGAGAAGAUAUCUCAGACACAACUGGAAAGCAUCUGGGAAAAGUGUUUUUUAUUCAAACCCUACAGAGUCAGCUCAGAGACGACAGUCAGUUCAAGAGAUUGUUGAUGCAGAACAGGAAUACUGCAUGCAACUGUGGAACCUCAUCAAUGUUUACCAACUGCCUUUACAAGAUGGUCGCUACAUGAGUUCUCGCCAUUUGUGUCUUCUCUUUCCUGCACCCCUCGGUGACCUGCACACACACCACUGUCACUUGCUUUACAGCUUGAAAGACAGACUGCAGCAGUGGUCUUUUGCUGGGGUUGUGGGUGAUAUCUUUGCCAAAAUGGUGGAUAGUGCUAAUAAUCUGCUUGGACUGUAUCAAGAAUAUGUUGAAAGUCUCCCAGGAUCCAUCAGUUGUCUGCGUCGUCAGUUGAUGGUGUCAAGAUCCUUCAGAGCAUUUGUUAAGACUCAGAAAGAAUCUAAUGCAAAUGCUGACCUUACAACACUAUUGAUCCUGCCCCUGCAAAGAAUUCCUAAGUACAUGCUGCAGCUACAGCAAGUUUUACGAUACACCAAAGAGGAUCAUCCUGACUUUUACCAUCUACAAUUUGCUGUAAACAAACUGCAAGAGUUUGUAGAGCGUUUUAGUCAAGAAAUAGCCCAUACAACCUGUGCCAUUUCACAGGAUGUUCAGCAUCUUCAUGCAAGUGGCAGUAGCUGUGAUGUGCCCGGUUCACAGGACAGUAAUGUCUUACACACACCUCAAGCUAUCUUCCCACAGCUCCAACAAGCUUCUGACACAGGCUUGUACCUUCCCACUUGGCUGGAGCAAAAUGCCUUAUAUCACCACAAAGACACCAGUCGGGCACAAGCUGGACCAGUAGGCGAGGAACCCUCUUUGCACUCUCACUCGGCUGCUCACAGUCAACCUGACUUAACCUACUUUAGCACUAUGGCUAGUGCUUCACCCUUUAUAAGUAAGGAAACUGUGCCGCAAGUUCAUGGUCUGUCUACGCUGCCACCUUCUGGUGAUCGCAGUGCCAGGUUGCGUCGCUUCAAGAUAAAACAGUGUGUUGAAGGGCGUGACGGUUACUUUCCACCAUUUCAAAACCAGGAGUCAUUGAAGCAUCGACCAACCUCAGCCAUCGAUUUUGCUUCUCAAAGAGUGCUUCAGCAGCGACAGGAGGGCGAGCAGACAAAUGUUCGUCCGCAUUCAGUGUUGGGACAGUUGAACAGAAGUGGUGGUAGCAAAGUUAUGCAUGUGUAUAGUCGUGUAAACUUGAAGCCUGGAAACUGUGACCACCAAACCAGUGACUCAGGUAUGUCUUCUUCCUCCUCCACAGCUAGACGACAACUUGCACAAGCCUUUCCUCAACUCAUUAUUGGAGAUAAGAGAUUGAGGAAUCCAGUCAUUGAUGGGAAGGACUUCCUUCUAGAUUAUGAGAACAAUGAGGAGGAUGACACAAGGACUGCAGAUGCUUGUUCAUCUGGUGCAAGCUUAUCUAACAAGUCUGGCAGCUGUCAUUCCCAGGAUGUUCAUGAUGAGACUGACCAUUCAGAGGACUACAGCCAGGAAGAACUUGUUGCCUCUCUGUCUAGACACCUCGGAGGAGCAGGUAGCGACAACAUCUUACCUGUGGGUGGAAAGGCUAGGCACAAUACUCUGUCCACCCCUGUCAGGUUUCAGCAGCAUCUUACACCUAAGUAUGAAAGAAAGGACUUUGCAGACAAACAGGAGAGAGAUUUAGGGCGUAACAUGAAACACACUCUAACUGGCUAUCAUGGGGUCCAAACAAAUGUUGAAAUCAAGCAGCCAGUGCAGUACCAGUCUAACAACAGGUUAUCAUGAUGGUGAUGGGCACAGCUCGCACAAGGAAAAAUCUUCUGUUCAAAUGAAAGAGAGCAAGAAAGUUCCAGAACAUCAACCAAACCUUCGGCCAAUAGAAGUUAAUGCUAAUAAUUCAUGUGAGAAAUCUGCCCUGCAUUUGUUGGAUGAGAAUCAAAACAGGGCAACACAAGCAACACUAAGAACUGGGAGAAGCCAUCAUCAGGACCAAGAACAGGAAAACACGUCUGCAGCUCUUUUACAACCAGAAGUACUUUUACAGUCAAGCAGUAAUGAUGUCCGUCAAGAGCUGUGUGUUCAGGAAUGUGACACAUCACUUCAGGAGUCGGGGACAAGUCCUGUCUUAUCACGUCAUGUGGCUGCAAAUGAUUUUGUAAACUCUUCAGAUGUAAAAAUGUCUCAGGACUUGAAAGCAAAGGAAAAGACCAGGAGGUUGAAUAAAAAUGCUAUGAAUGUGUCUGCUGAGAACUUACAUCGAUCAGUAGAAGAUGUAUCCUCCUCUUCUAAAAAGAAAGCCUUUAGGACUUCAUUAAAGAACUUGUUUCAUAGGAAAAAAGGAUCUAUCAUCCUGGACGAGCUCGAGCGGGAAUAUACCCGACAGCUCGUUCGCCAAACGCUCGCCCCACAUGCCGACGACAAGACGACGAUGGUUGGCGCUGACCCGAUGUCCCCUCCACCAGCAUCCAUCAGGCCACCGACGACAACUGUGGCUGUAGUCCGACUACCACCCGCAAGAUAGACACCAUGAACAACAACGUGCCGCAAUGUCACAACAACGAUGGUUUCUUUGCCAAGAUCCGGCGAUCCCCGCUUUUCUUCAUGUACAGACACACGGACACACAUAUAAGUGACCAAGUGUGAACAUCUAUUCUUAGCUGAUGAAGUGUCGUCUGAUGUAUGUUGUGGCUAACAACUGUACAUCGUUUUGUCAACUGUAUUUUCCCGUCUCCAGGGUCGUAUAAAAACGAUAAAAAAAACAUUCAGUUGAAGAAGGCAUCAUGGUGUCUCAACGUGUAAGGACGCGCUCUCUGACACAUUGCAUGCUGUUAGUGCAGGACAGUAAGCAAAUAUUUGGUGACACCACGGUUAAAACAUCUAGUUAUUAAUCGUCGUCUUAAAAAUGUUUCUGUGUCAAGAAGUAGAUGUAUGGCAGAUGUGCCCCAGCGAGGCUUGGAUACGAUCCACUGUCCACAGGCGAGUGCGAAGGGAGGCUUCAGUUGUACCUUUAAUGAACUGCCUUCAGCGAAUCAGGUGAUAGGGCUAUUUAAGUGAUGGGUUUUUGUGCAUAGGUUAAUAUGUGUCCGACUGAGUUAAGCAGACGACAGAAGCAGAAUGACGCCUUCUGGUAGCCAUCUCUGUAAUGUUUGUUGACUGUUGCUCUAUAAGAAAACUAUGUCAAUGUAUGUGCCAUUUCUUCUGGGUAAUGGUGUAUUGUGCAAAGUGUAGACCGGAGUUCAAUAUUUAUUUAUUUUGUCACUGACUAGAACUGUUGUAGAUAUCGAAUCUUCAUAUCUGUGCAAAAUGUAUAAUUGGUGUUCGUAUUCUUCAUUCACGUCUAGCCGUUGAGAUCCAAAAUCUGUUUUAGCUAUAAAUGUGCCAAUUGUACGUUAGAGAAGACGAAAAUGUGAAGAAUUCCAAGUAUCUGUGAUGACAGUGAAAACUCCAGGCCGGACCGAAUGCCGCAAACACCUGUCUCCUUGCAAAAGCCUGCUGAGCGGUGAAGGUACGUGCUCGGUGUGCUGACACCCAAUGUGAAGAGCCAUUUCACACUGGGCGUAGACCAGAGUUCACUGGGAGGAAGGUUGCACUGUGUCCAGAUAGCUCCCGAGAUGCACCUGGGCCUCUGGUACCCCGACAGCAGCAUAGGAGGCGAAACAAAGUGUGCCAUGUCUUCGCUCUCGCAGGCAAAAGUUCUCCAUCUUACAGGCCCGGCCAGGACUGUGGGAGGAGGGUGAUCAGGUAGAAGGAGGACCGUUCUCAUGAACACGCAAGCCAGGAUGACACGUGCGUAAGGAAAGAUGUCAUGGACUUGAUGGAUUCUGUUCUCCGGAAAAGAGGUUGGUCUUGUGCUGAAAGCGAGUCACCUGUUGCUGCCAGUGUCUGGAAGGGGUGAUAGUCGUUACUAGAAGUCCCUCUCAAUCACCUGUCUACGGUCGUCCGAAAUGGCACCUGCAAAACGCAGACAACAAGCAACCAGAGCGCAAUCGCAUCUAUGAUGGUCAAAGUGAUGACGCUGGCGAUGAUCAGCACAAGAUUAUGUUGAGACGGAUUGUGCAUGUACAGUCUGCAGCUUCGGAAAACCGAAUGUACAGAUGUAGGACCGGAGGUCACUGUGAACAAAGCACGUAGACCCAGGUCUAAAAAACGGCCGAAAGUGAAAGCGAGAGGCGACAAAACAUUACAAGUGCUGCCGAGGCACGGAACCCGGCACGCGCCGUUCGGGGAAAAACUCCAGGAGACUGGAAAAUGGCAUCAAGGUCAAGGCCCCGACUAUAAGACGGAAAAAAACCAACAUAUCACAUGCGCGCGCGCAAAAACGCAUUUUGCAGCGGGUCAAACUAAGUUAAAAAAAAAAAACAACUCGUUACUCUUCAAACAGUUGACGCAUUUCCGAGAAAAGGGGUAUUGAUAUAGACAAUGGCCAGGCACGGUUCUAGAGUACAAAUAGAGCGGAUAGACGCCGUGCGAGAGGAAAAUAUUUCUGAAAACACAGAAACAGCCUUCACAUCUGACGCAAAAAAAGGACUCGACAUGCACAGCCUCGGUAUUUAUUGCUUCAGAAGCAGUGGAAUGCCCUUCCCAACUCGCACCACCGAGGUGUGGUUGUACCCGCACAAGAAACCUCACCCGACCAAUUAGUCAUUCUUACCAGCGACGAAAAUAAUUCUCAUGCACACUGGAUAGACAGGGAUGUGCAAGGGGCUGGAACGUGAAGUAAGCAACCCCUUGCGGAUGGAAAACGAAAAAUCUCGUCUUACCUGAUGCAGAAGAACCCUUCCCCCGAGAUUCUACCUUGGGAGGUUGGUCCAGCCAAACAUAGUCCACCGCUCCAAGAACCAAAGGCACAGAGAUCGCACCCCAUGUCAGAAGUAGGGGACGUGCACUGCAUGCACUGAGGGUGAGUCGUCUGACGAAGGCCCCUCGGUUGGACCAUUUGUUCGAGUCCUUACGGUGGACAAAAAGACACAGAGUACCACGAAGCACUAGCGAUGAAGAGAAAAAAGUCUAUGUUCCUUGUCCUUCGAAUAAGUAUUUUUAUCGAAGAGAUUUGUAGACGGAAGGUCACAAGACUGGAGACAGGUAACAGUAGAGAGCAGACGGCUGGUUUGACGAAAAUAAACAGUCGGGGACAAAGAAAAGCUCGUCGCUGACUGGUAUUUCUCAACAAAAGUCUUUGCGGCACAAAAACAACGAAAAUACCGGGCGAGCUGAGCACGGUGCAAGCAGGUGAGUGACGUAGCACGUGACUCGAUAGGCGGGUAGCAAAGCGCGUGGCAGAACACUGGGUAGCUAUCGGGAAAAACCUGCAUUGGCUCUGCUGUCGCUUUGAGGGCUUUGCUCACCACAAAAACGCCCCUCAAGCCUUGCACGUGCUACCCCACUGUCAGCAGCUGUAAUGGUCAGCAUGGUAAAGGUCAAAGAAGAAACAACUUCCUGAAAAGGAUGUCACUCGUAGAUCCAUGUUGCCUGAUAGAAAUCAUCGUUUCCUGGCCUGGAAGGCGGGUCAGGUGCAGUGGUAACGACCGUUAAGUCGAUGUGUGUGUGUGUUUGAGAGAUAGAGGAUGGUUGAUGUAACAAGACAAUAAUAAUAAAUGCAACAUUUGUAAAACGCAUACUCACACUGAUAAGGAGUAUGCUCUUGGCGCUUAAAAACAAAAAAUCUUCGAAAAAAGAUGGCAUUGGGAAAUCUUAAGAAAAACCUAUUUUGAAUCUGUAAAUAUUUUGCUUAAUCUCAAUGUUCUUCAAUAAAAAAUAAAAAA